CAUCCGUCUCUAGCCUCGUCCUGGUGUUGUACAAAGCAUACGCCUGGACGAUACAGCAUGGAUUCUAGCUAGUGUAUUGCUAAUAUUCGUAUAUUUCGACAGUGCACGAGGCAGAUGAUGAUGGUUGGACUGCCUUACACUGAGCAUGCCAUAGCUCGAGCAUGUGUACUAUACAGCUUCUCUUAGAUAAAGGAGUGAAAGUAACAGAUGUUACAAAAUGCGGAUGGCUGCCACGAGUUGUAGCAGCUUGGCAUGACAGUGACGGCAUGUCCAAGGUAGAAACCACAGAGUACCCGAUGCCUUCAAUUGACGCUUCGGUAUUAGGUGGAUGUGAUGUGGAGACAAAUGAACGAGUAAAUAGGGCGGCUCGUCGAGCAACUUGGAAAUCUCUUAAGACUGGCGAAACAAUGCCAUUAGCAUUAUGCGACAGUUACUUAUGCCAUAUAUACGACACGAGGUAUACUUGCCAGACUUGCUGGGAUAUGGAUUACUGCUUCAAGUGCUUCCGGCAUAUUGAGCUCCUUGAGCACCACAAGAACCAUAUAUUUAGCAAAGUCAACUCAGAAUUGAAGUAGUUGAUAUUAUUAACCCCUGGGUGCGCAAGAACGAGCAUGGAGGAUUGAUGGAUCGCGACCCAUCCGAGGAGAUCCAUAUUGGCAAUAACUCGGACGAUAUGUACUUAGAGUUGACUCAAUGACGGGCCAUGAUG